AUGAGCGAAGAAUCUUCUUUAGUAGGUAGUGGUGCGAAGGGAGAGUAUACCAAUUCCUUAUUAGCAACUUCAAUAGUUGCAUGCCUUGGUUCUCUUCAAUUCGGUUACCACCUUGCCGCCCUAAAUGCACCUCAAAAUGCAAUCAUGUGUAGAAUGCCUUUAGAUCCUUCCUAUGGUGAUACUUGGCUAGGCAGAAACGGUUGGAAACAAUGCAUUGAACUCAGUGAUUCGCAAUUUGGGUUAGUGACGUCCCUGUUUAUUAUUGGUGGCUUAGGCGGGGCUCUUUAUAGUGGAAUUCUUGCUGAUAGACUAGGAAGAAGAGGGAUUUCUUUGCUGAAUUGUGUUUUCACAACACUUGGAUCGCUAUUCAUGUUUUGCAGCAACUCUUACGCAGCUUUGGUUUUUGGGCGUAUGCUUGCCGGUUUAGGGUGCGGGAGUGGAGUAAUAAUUGCCGCAUUAUAUGUGAAUGAAGUUGCGCCACGUUCCUUAAGAGGUUCUUUAGGUACGUUUAACCAGAUUUUAAUUAACACCGGUAUCCUUUUAACACAAGGAUUGGCUCUUCUCUGGGCGAAUAGUCUCCAAUGGCGGUGGAUAUUGCUUUCGGCCGUGGUUAUUGGUGUUGCUAGUGCAGGACUCUUGUUGUUAGUAGAUGAAUCCCCAAGGUGGCUUGCCUCAAAGGGAGAUCAGGAUUCUGCUAUUAUUGUUCUAGAACGGCUUCGCAACUGCAGCUACAGGAACGCGCUCCAGGAGACAGACUCCUGGAAAAAAUCAGUGGGUAGGGAGUCCAACUUGGAUCAGAAGGAUGCCUCUAUGUUUGAGUACCUCACUUCUUCUAGGUAUUCGCGUGAGCGCAUGGUUGUAGCUGCAAUACUAAUUGGACAACAACUUUGCGGCAUCAGUGUCAUAAUUUUCUAUGGCACUAAACUCAUUGGAACUGCUUUACCAAAAUAUUCAGUGCAUGUUAAUCUCGCCGUAUCCUUUCUAAAUUUGUUUGUUACUCUUUUGGCAGCUGGGUUGAUAGAGAAGCAUGGUAGGCGCCCACUACUCUUAGUGUCUUGUAUCGCUAUGGCCAUUUGCUCUGUGUUUAUUACUGCAGGCAGUAUUACACACAACGGCCUUAUACUCACAAUGUCUACUUUGUCGUACAUAUGCAGUUUUGCUAUCGGUAUGGGGCCAAUACCCCUGCUCAUCAUCCAAGAAUUAUCAUCCUCAAAAUCUGCAGUAGUCGCACAGUCAUUUGGAUUAAUUGUCAAUUGGUUAGCGACCUUUGGCGUCGGUGUUGCAUUCCCCGCUGCUUACCAAGCAAUUGGUGGUUACAUGUUCUCUGUCUUUGGAAUCCUAUCAAUUGGUUUAGCAGCCUUCAUUUGGACAUUUGUACCAGAGACUAUGAAUAAGCACAACUAUGAAGAAAUAUGGGGAAUGGAACUCUCAAAUUAA